UUCAACAUGAAGACAUCUCAGAAGUUCGUUCUCUACCUGACAUGUUUCUUCUUGGGGAAAAUGGUUCAGAUGCAUCAAUUUAUCUUGUCUCCUCAAGUCAGUGGAUUUAUAUCAGCUGAUGUUGGAGACAACUUGACUUUGCAAUGUUUCUAUGAGAGGGAUGAAAAAAAAAUGUAUUGGUACAAACAAACACCAGGACCAAAACCUCGAAUUAUCUCAGUGAUGUACAAAUCCACUAAAAGUAGUCAGUUAUUGAAUGAAUUCAAGGACAAUCACCGCUUCACUGUGGAAAAUAUGGAUAAUGCGAGUCACCUAAAUAUCUCAGAUCUGCAGCUUUCAGACUCAGCUACUUACUACUGUUUACAGAGUCGUUCACAUGUGCUUGAGUUUAUGGAGGGCGUCACUGUCAGUGUGAAAGGUUCAGGGUCUAACAUCCAGGCUGUGGUGCAUCAGUCUGAGAGCAUCCAGCCAGGAGGCUCUGUGACUCUCAGCUGUACAGUUCACACUGGGACCUGUGAUGGAGAACACAGUGUUUACUGGUUCAAGAGCUCUGAAGAUCCUCAGCCAGGACUCAUUUACACCCACGUAGACAGGAACGAUCAGUGUGAGAGGAAACCCGACAAUCAGACACACACCUGUGUCUACAACUUGUCAAUGGAGAGAGUGAACCGUUCUCAUGCUGGGACCUACUACUGUGCUGUCGCUGCAUGUGGACACAUUGUGUUUGGAGACGGGACCAAGCUGGAGUUUGAUGGUGAGUCUCUACCAGAGACUGUCGCAAUUAAUGAAUAG